GAUUUUAGGGUGGCGGGAUUAAUUUGGUUAAACAGUGUUUUGCGACAGUGCAUGAAAGUAUCUUAUGUGCGGGCUUCACUCCACAAGUGAAAAAAUUGGCCAUUUUGUCAUAUAAAUACGCAAUAAAAUUGUGUAUACCAUUGAAAAACAACGCAGUACAGUUUUCCACAUUCAAUAGACUUUCAAUGAAUGGUUCUGCAUUAAGUUGGGUACACUUGAGUGGGUGAAUGUACAUGACGGAUUGUUAAUUUUCACGUAGCAAAGUGGACUUUUGCUUUCGAGUGUUUUCAAAUGUGAUAUAUUUCGCAAGAACUCUUGGCACCCGUGGCAAGAUCCGUAACGGAGUGAUUAUUAUUCGGUUACAUUUUGUUUAUUGAAGAAACACAGAUAUACUCACAAUGAGAGAAAACUUGGAAGAUGUCAGCCCUCAGGUGUGGAAGGAAUGGAUUCUGGAAGCCAUAAGACGCAUUCGAUGUCAGAAACAACGACCCAGUGUACAAAGGAUUUGUCAAGCUAUUGGAAGUCACCAUAAAUUUCAUGAAGAUAUUGUAGCAGAAAAACUUGAAGAAGCAGUAGAAGCAGGUGCCGUGCUGAAGGUGUACAAUAAAGGGCUUCAUUCCUACAAGGCACCUACAAAUACACAGCGGCGUAUAAUUGUUGUUACAAAUGACAGUGAUUUGUCUCGAUUAGUAGCCAAAGCUGUUCGAGAUUUAGGUGAAUGUGAUGGAUCAAGUCUGAAAUCGAUUGAAAAUUACGUACAACAAACAAACAAUUUAAACAUUAUGUCUGAUACCGAUUACAAUAAAGUGGUAAGAAAUUCAAUUAUAAUCGCGUUGGCCGAUGGCAGUUUGCUACAAGAGGGAAAAUUGUACAAACCAGGGAGUGUUAACAAAACAACAAUAAAGCGGAAAUCAACAUCUCCAAAGAAAAGAGACAAGGCAGGAAAUGAAGGUUUUGCGAAGAAUACAACAAAUGCAGUGUGUGUAGAAUGCUUGGGUACGGAAUCUAAAGGCCCUACCGGUAUACCAGAGCCAUUAAGUUCAUGUAGUGGCUGUGGUAUGUCAUUGCAUGACUCGUGUGCCAAUACUGGUACAACAACGGUUCCAUUGGCUGCGUUGGUACAAAAAGGCAAUACCUGGUUUUGCGAGGAAUGCAGGACCUGCGAUGGCUGCUCUACUCAAAAUAGCAAUGGACCAUGUAUUCUAUGUUGCAGUGAUUGUUCUAAAAGUUACCAUUUUGUUUGUAUGGAUCCUGAAGUGGACGAUCCCAAAAAGGUUAAACAUAGUUGGAGCUGUGACGCUUGUUCGAACAAUUAUAAUGAGACUCAUAUGACUGAAAAAGAACCAUCGAAAAAUGAAACGGUACCACGGAAGCGUCAAGAAAAUACAAAUGACAACUCAGACGAAAGGAGGAAAAAGAAGUUUAUUUCUGGCGCCAGAACGGGUCAUGAAACGCCUUCUAUUCGACAGAACAUGUCUUCGCCAAAGCUUGGAGCCUCGCAAAUUUCGACUAAAACACCUAAAACAAGCUCUAAAAUUGCAAUUGCGCGCCGUAAUAAGCAGCAGCAAUCAUCGCCAGAGACACUUGAGCGCUGUGAGGAAUUGCCCGGUAAACAUUUAAAUACAUUUUCUUCCACUAUUGUAUCAAACCCGAUCACGACGAACACGACGAUGUCGAAACAUGGUAUGAAUAAUACAAAUCUAUUAGUUGAACAACCUACGACAUUGUUUAACAACGAACAGAUGAAAAGUCAUCUGUCGUCAACUAGGUUUCAAUUGUUAGGAAAUUCUGCUUGUUUUUAUAACAUGACACAAGAGAGUGAUGCUCGCUUUUCUGCUUUAGGUAAAAAACGAGCAAAUAAGUUGAAAUCUGGUAAUGAAAACACACAAACUUUAACCGACAUCGUGAAACAUCCUAAAGAUUGUUACAAGAACAGUGGGAAUGGUGGCAAAAGUGAUGAGGAAGUUAAACAACAAUGUGAGAUUCAAAAUAAUGAUUUUCCGUACCAUGAAAGAGCGUCAAUUGUUCGAAUCACAAAUUGUCGCGGUAUUCAAUUGUCAGAAUCAUCUUCUGAGUCGUCAAGUAGUGAUAAUGAGGAAGAUAAUUAUAGUUCGACCGAGAGUUGCUGCACUAGCUCGGAUAGUAAUAUAGAAGAUGAGCAUUCAAAACACGAUAAUAAUGAUAGCAACUGUGAUAAUAUACAUACAUUUUGGCCUGAUCAGAAUAGUCUUUAUGAACCCAAGUUCGAAACAUUUGGAUUACAAACAAAAUCCAUAAAAAUCGUGCAAAAUGAGAAAAGUUUGGCAUUCAUGUCCAAUAUAUUGAAUAACAAUGAGUCCUGGGGGUUUGCAGCAGAAGCGAAGAAAAAUGUUGAUGUUUUCAGUCGAUAUCCUGAAAAAAACACGGCGAAAUGUUCAAGAAAAGUUUCGAUGAAAAAAAAACCUUGUCAAAGCGUGGAAAUGGCAACAGAUACAACCAAUAAUUCGAUGAAUGGUUUCAGAAAAAUCACACCGAAUGAUUUUGCUUCUUCAUUUGAAAAUGUUCUUUUGUCACAAAACGCUGAUUCAGUUGGCCGGAAAACAGAUAAAAAAAACGCAAAUGGCACACGCAGAAAGAAAGAAACUCCAAGCAAGUUUACAUCAACGAAAAGCAAUCAUCAACAAGACAAUUACAAUCUCUUCAUGAACUCAAUUGGAGAGGAAGGACUGCCAGAUAAACUGUCUCCAAGUAAACUUGUUAAAAAAGCUAUCAAUGAGAAGCAUUUUGAACAGCAAGGUGGCAGGCCCCUUGUAGUGAAGGGUGACCCACAUACAAUGAAAAUGUUUACCACCAUCAGUGAGAGCAGUCACACUGAGUUUGAUAGCAUUAAUUUUCCAGUUGACACCAUAUCAAAGAAACACACGUUCUGCUUGAAAUCCAACGCAAUCAACAAUAGUGUAAACAAAGCGGCUCAGGCUGGAAAAGCUGGAACAUUGCAACAUCAGUCGAUAUGCACCAUACCUCCCUCUCAAAUGGAGCAACCAUCUCUACCUAACGGAGUGCUGCAGAAAGAUGCUGACCUCUACAAACAAGUUCGCGAACAGGCUGCAACAUUUUUAGCCGAAUUGAUGCGACUUGACUCGAAUGUAUUCACCAGAUCUGUUACGCCAGAGCCUGCAGUGCUUGCAAAGAAACCAGCUGUGGCAUUGCAAUCUCCUUCUAAGUUCAUGGCAGCCCAAGAAAGAUGUCCGGCGGCCAUAGAGUUUGGCAAAUACGAGAUCCAAACCUGGUAUUCCAGUCCAUUUCCCCAAGAAUACGCAAGAUUACCCAAACUGUUCCUUUGCGAAUUUUGCUUGAAGUACACUAAAAGCAAAGCGGUUUUACAACGGCAUCAAGAUAAGUGCUCAUGGCGACAUCCUCCCGGAACCGAGAUCUACCGGAGCAACGAUUUGUCAAUUUUUGAAGUGGAUGGCAACGCUAACAAAAUAUAUUGCCAAAAUCUAUGCCUCUUAGCUAAACUGUUCCUUGAUCACAAGACUCUUUACUAUGACGUGGAACCUUUUUUGUUUUAUGUAUUAACAAAGUAUGACCGGAAAGGAUAUCACUUAGUAGGUUACUUUUCUAAAGAGAAACAUUGUCAACAAAAGUACAAUGUGUCAUGUAUCAUGACUAUGCCACAAUACCAGCGACAAGGUUUUGGCAGAUUUUUGAUUGAUUUCAGUUAUUUGUUGAGUCGUGAGGAGGGUCAACCAGGCACACCAGAGAAACCUCUAUCUGAUUUAGGACGAGUGUCUUAUCACGCGUAUUGGCGAUCGGUCACGUUAGAGUAUUUAUAUCGCAAUAGAAAUCGCGUUAUCUCUUUGAAAACAAUUUCACAAGAAACAGGCAUUGUUAUCGCAGAUGUUGCCUUAGCUUUCCAAUUACUAAACUUUAUAAAAUAUAUUAGAAUAUCGAAGGAUGGCGUCAAGGUUUACAAACCAUUAAUAUGCAUAGAUUGGGAUGUGGUAAAACGAUAUAAUGAACGAAUGGCUACCUUUAAAAGUAGACGAACAAUUGACAAAGAGUGUUUGCGGUGGACGCCACUAUUAAUGUAUGCUCCAUUGUUCGGAGAAAAUGAUACAACUCCAAAUACAUCUCCUGCAUCAGAAAAACUCAAAAUUUUGAAGCAGGAACAUUCGGAUGACAAUGUUCCGACAGAAUCCGACAACAACAAGCACCCAAUAUCGGUAGUAGCCGCGUUGCAAAGCGACGUUUGUGAGGAAUUUACAGGUGUAAAAAAGCGAGGCAAAAAAUCCUACACAUCCUUCAGAUCGCCAAAAUUUAAUAAAAAACCAUCAACGGCAUCAACAGCUAACGAUUCGAUAAAGUUGGAUAAGUACCCGACAGUGGAUACAACAGUUGAAACAACAAUUGAAACAACGUCGUCAGGGCGAAAACGAAUACGGCCAAACAAAUUCAAUGAAACCACCAAAUCGGAACCUAAACACACUGAAAGCACACGGAAGUUGUAUCAGGAUUUUAGAAAACGGAAGAGGGAUAAUUAUCUUGAGUGUGCACAAAACGAUAAAAAGAGAAUCCGUAUGGAUUCCGAAGAAAAAACGGUCUCCAACAUAACUCGAGUGAGAAAAGGAAAUGCGCCUUGUGAUGAUAUUUUAGACGAUGAACAAAAACUAAAGCUUGAUAUAAGGAAAGAGGAAGUGCAAAUGAGUGAAUCACCGGAAAUGUUUUACAUCGAACAAUGUUCUAUGGCAGACAAAAAGAUACCAGUGGAUGCAAAUAAACCGGUGGAAUAUUCGCUUCAAAACACUUCUGAAUCAUCACAAAAUGUGAAGCGAUCCACGGUUCAGCGAUUCGAUGGUCGGAAUUCUAGUAGAACUACAUCUGUUCCAAUUGGUGAAACGAAGGUAGAAGUAGAAGGCUCGACAACCGUAGCUCCUAAUGCAAAGAAACAACUAACCCUACCAGAAUUGCUCUGCUCAAAAAACCAACCUGAAUCAAACGUAAAAACAAAUGAGAAUAACAAUGACAAUUUAUUAGACAUCAAUACAACGGAUAAAACGUCGUCGGACAAAGUGAGGGAAUCAUCUCCUAAAGACAAACGCCGCGGUAGUAGAAAGCUUAGUUCUUCUAGCGCGAUAUCAUCAAGCUGGGCUGAUGACGAAAUGGAGGAAGACAUUCACAAUCGAAAAUCGCCUGUUUGUUCAAACAAAAAUAUAGCAAUUGAUUCGCAUUCGCAAAAUCAAACUGUUGAAACACAAAAAGACGAUUCUACAGUGAAAUCGGACGAUACUCUGAAACAAGCUGAUUCAGAAGCUGCUCAAAACCCCGAACCUGUAGAAGUAUCGUCCAAUCAAAGUGAUGUGAAAUCCAAUAACGAAUCUAGUCGCUACACCGUAAGUGAUGAGCCGCAUUUGAAAUACACAAAAGAGCAAAUCGAUGGAUCGGCUGAACAUCAGUCAACACAGGAUGUAAAAAGUCCAAUAAUUGAUGGGGAAACAAAGCCUGCUGAAGGAAAAACAAACGCACUGAAGACAGAAUGUCAAACUGAGAAAAAGCGAAUUGAAGAAAUUGCUCAGCUACUCACACUUAGUGACGAAAAGGCAGAAAGUGUUGGUGGGUGUGGUGAGGAAAGUGAAAUUAAAAAAAAGGACCAGUCGAAUUUCGACCCGGCUGUCGAUAAACAACAACACGGUCAGAAUCCUAUGUCUGAAGACAAAAGUUUGAGCAUAAAUAACCAAAUACAAACACCUGAAAAUAUCUUUGUGCAAGUAGUGCAGACAACUCUGUCCCGUGGGAAUGAAUCGUCUGGAGAUGAAUUGAACGCUUCUCAUUUGAAUUCAAACGAAAAAAGAACGCUCGACGACACGGAGGAGGAGAAAACAUCAACAGUACUUGAAGCACCUGAUGUACAAAUUGUGAAAGAACGAGAGGGCUCUAUAAUAGAGAAAGAAGAGAAAGCAGACCAACCGGACUAUAAUUAUACCAAUGAUGGGAACAUUAGUGAAAUCAAUGAAGUUAAUAGAGAGAUUUUUCUUGCAGAAUUGAGUGAGAAGAUUUCUGUUAUUACAGAGUCGAAGGCUGGGUCUGGAUGCGCAAUACAAAUAGAUCAACAACCUGUGGAACCAACAAAGGAUACAGAAUCUUGUGCAGCAGUUAUCAAAGAGAAUGAACCUGCCGUAAAUACAACAAGAGAGCAACAACUAGUUCAAAAAAGUACUACCUUGAAUCAAAGCACUGAGUCUACUACUAAUAACACAGCGAGUGUUUUGAAAGUUAAUGAAAAUUACGAAAAAAACAUGGAGUGUAGAAGGCCUAAAAUCAUUGUUGAUGUCAAAUCAAGUAGUGAAUUCGACAGUACUGUUAGAUCAAUAGAAAGUGAAAGAACAGGAAAAUCGGUAUAUGAUUUUGCUGACAGUAAAUUAGUGAUGAAGUCUAAUUCUCGGGAACCUGUGAAUAGUUCGGAUUGUGGCGAUAAAACGGGCUCAGAAAACGUUUUACCGAACAGUUCUGUUGAAAACAGCGCAGCCGGAUCUCACAAGAAAAAAUUCAUCAAAUCUGCUGCUGAAGAAGCAAAUAAGCAGUUUAUGGACGUUGAUCAACAAAAGGAAAAAUCUGUAAUUCAACAACACGAAGAUAUUAAAUGCUCUAAUGUAUCGGCAUCGAUUAUAAAUUCAAACGUCAGUUCAGACACCAACAAAGUGGAACAAAUAAUGUCAUCAGAUAAGAUCUUUGAUGUAAAAAAAGAAUUGUCGCCGUCAAAAAAUCCAAGAAAUGAUAUGGUACCUCAAUCUCAGCAGGUUAUAAAUAAUGGUGAAAAAAUUAAAGUGACCGAUGGUAAAAACAUGGCUCAUGAUAAUUGUGAAAAUUUGACAAAAACAAUUAUGGAUACUAAGAAAUCAAAAGAAAAACAAACCAUUACUGAUGACAUCAAGAAAAACAAAUCUGAUUCGAAGAGAGCGCAAAACAAUGCUGUUAAAUUGGAAACAAAAUCGGAUCUGAAAUCAAGACCAGAGCAGGAUACAUUGAAAAGAUCGGAAGUUGUAAAAAAGGACCUAGUAAAAAACUUCUCUUCAAAUAAUGCUACUAGUUGCGGUAAAACGGAUCAGGGCAAGUCGCAACCUGCUCAGGAAAGUAACAAAAGCGGGAUGAACAUUCCCGUAAACAAUGCUAAUGCCAGAACAGACAAAUAUUCAACAAAACAUGGAAUGCAUGAUGCAAAAACAAUUGACCUCAACAAAAUAGCACCGCAAUUCCCGACCAUCAAUCAGUUACCCAAUUAUCACACUACUUCCCAAUAUUGGCAAUUGGACCCAUACUAUCAAAGUUAUAAUCUUUCACAUCUGGAAGCUACUAACCAGAAGUCACCCAACAAAUUCCAUCUUGAUUUAGCGACAUCGAUGGCUUAUGGUAACUUUUCAUCGAACCUAUAUCAAACUGCGUUCCAACAACACCAGGAACAACAAUAUCAACAGCAUCAGCAGUCAUAUCAGCAGAAAGAUCGCUCCAAUCAAAGAAUGGACAAGAAAGGCCUAUCCGCUACACAAACCAACAUUCCUAUCGAUAUCCACAAACACAAUCGGAGCUUGAAGACAACCGACGAUACAAAAUUCAGUAAAAGCAACACAGAUCAUCAAUCCCAACAACAUAUAACGGGCGUCAACAUGACCAUAGGUCUAGAGACGAAUUCGUGCGCAAAGUCUGCCAAUGCACAGUUUGUGAGCCAUAAUGCUAUCAAAGGAAAUCACAAAACGAAACUAGAAAAUAAGACGAGCGAAAACUGUAUGACCAACAAAUCGAAUCAACAGCAAAGUCAGCAUGUUCCUCACUCUAAUCAACAAUCAACAUCGUGUCAAAUGUUGGUGCAACAGCAACAUCAUAACCAGCAAAUUUUAAACAAAAAUAUGCAUCAACAGAUUGUUUCAUCUAAAACUAGCUACCACAGUGAGGAAUUGAGUCAGCAAGAUAAUGCAAAUAAUAAUUCUAAUAUAUCCGCAGUUGAAAUUAAACAACAUCACGGUACUAGCGGUCAGAACGAAAUUCAAUCUAUCGGAGUAUAUACAACGGAUUCGACCAAUAAUUCUGUUCACAAUUUGCAUCAGUAUGGUCAGUGUGAUCUAGACGUAACUCAGUUGGGGUUAGAUUCACCUGCUAGUAUAUCAAGUGAUAUGAAUACGCAAAAUUCUGUAGAAGGCAUCAGACCUCCAAGUGUUGUACCACAUCAGGUGAACCAAUAUUCAGAUUGCUCUAUUCAACAACAUCAAACUCAAAUGCAACAGAUGAGCUUGCAUACCCAUAUCCCAGCCUCAAGCCCACAGCAGUCCAUGGCUAUCAUCAAUAAUAAUAAUCAAAACUCUUCUAACAAUAACCGAGGUAAAGUACAGCAGCAACUACAGCACCAACCCAAUAGAGCAUCUGGUGCGAAUCGUUCAUCUACUCCGAAAAUAAGUAGAAAUAUUGCAACCCCAGUGCCCAAUCAUGCUCAAUCUAGACAACAAAACCGUACAACCCCUCCAGCAGGUAAUGCUAUACAACCAUUAACUAGUCCUGGCCACCAUCAGCAGCAGCAGCAGCAGCAGCAAUCGCAACAACAACAGCAACAACAAACGAUGCAACAACAACAACAAAAUGCUGCUCAGCAGCAACAUCAACAUCAACAUCAGCUCACGUUGCAACAGCAAAUGCAUCAAUCAUACGGGCACAUUACUGGGUCGUCGCUAAACCAUCAAAAUCAUACGCAGAACAUGCAUCAACCUGGCUACAUUACAUCACAGUUAGGAAUCUCUAGUCAAGCUUAUCCCCAAUCACCGACAUCAUAUGGAAGCGUACCAAUGACGACUGUAAUACAGCACAGAAUGUCGGGCAGCCAUACCAGCCUAGCAACACCAAAUAGCCUCCACAGUCCGCAUCAACGACUUGGACCAUCGCCAUCCUCCUGUGCAGUCUCUUCCGCAAACAAUUUCUACAUACAGUCCGGUAAUGUGAAUCAUCCACAGUCACACACUCCUAUACCAGCACCCACUCCAACGCCGACGCCAACACCUACUCCAACGCCACAGAUGGAUUCUUGCCAGCCGGGGGCUGUCCAAGGGACAGUAGGCCAAAGCAACGUAAUACAAGGUUCGCUUUCAUGUCUCUCGAAAUUGCAACAGCUAACUACGAAUGUGGACAUGAUAGGGCCAACAUGUAACACACCGCCAGCGGGAUCUAUCACUAUAACACCCCCGCCGAACCAUCAUUCCCAUGUUGGUGCCUCAAUAACGCCGUCACCAUCCUCUCACAUGAGUAAUCAAAAUACAGUUAGAAAUAUCUCAACACCACCUGCCUCAGUGCAGACUCAGAUGCCGUCGCUUAAUUAUCAUAAAUAUUACACCGGAAAUAUGAACGUUUCGCCUAUAACAGGAUCUCAAGGUAGCGGUGGUCGACUUUCACGAAACACUGCAUCUGCUCCCAUUCAACAUAUGAGCAAUAGCUCGAGUCGAGUGAGCCCCAAUGUUGCCAUUAGUCCAAACCUUAUGUCCCCAUACAGUACAUUGAAUUCGGCAUAUCGAAUGUCAGCCGUACAGUCAUCCACCGCUGGCGGCUAUAUCACCAAUCCAGCUGCGAGUUUCAUCAAUAAUCCUACGCAAAUUCCUGUUCAGAUGGGUGUGAUGAACAUGCAAACACAGUAUCAAGAUCCUUCGGCGAUACAGAGAGCUCAGCAGAAUUCAAUGUACCCAGCUGCAUAUUCCGCUUAUUUGCCUGCAAUGAGGCGGUAAAACAUUGUAAAAAACUUGUUGUGGUAUGUUGAUAUAUAAAACAAAAAUAUUGGUGAUUUUUUUUUCUUUGUCCGUCCGCCUAUCCGUUGGAAAUUAGAAAACAUUACCUUGAUUUGAACUUUGUAAAGUUGGCAAAUAACAACGAUAACCUUUUGAAAUGAGAAUGUUGAACUUUGUACAUAAAAUGUAUAGCGAUCGCUCUAAAAAGUACUGUUUUAUUAUUUCUCAUCCGUUGAAGCAUAUAUAUUCGCCUUGCGAGGUUUAUCAUUUCUAGCAAUGACUGUUGACAUAGGUGUAGUUUUAAAAUAGUUUUAGUCCACUGUAUGUAAACUUAAUCUGAAUGUAUGAAUAUUUAUUUUGGUCGAAAUUCUGUUAUUAUAUUUGUUAUCGAACAUUCGUAACGGUUUUGUCCACAAUAAUAUCGAAGCUAUUUAAUGAUUUGUAAUAAA